UGGUAAAUCGGCUCGUUGCUGCCCAGGUGGGGAGGGAAUUGAUUAAUCCAAGUUUCCUUUGCUUCUGUCUAACUCCCCUUCAUUGUGUUUACAAACACCAGCAAAACAGUUCACCCGAACUUCAACAGAAACUUAAGCCACACUUAUAUCUUCCUGCAGAGGUUAUCUGGCCUGCUUAGUUAUAAACUUCUCCUUCUGAAUAGGUCUUUAAGGUGGAGUAGCUCACUCCUGUUAGCUCUUUUCCGUGAGAAAGCAUGGCUCUGCUAAAGGUGCACGGACCUGUCCGGAUGCGCAGCAUGCAGACUGGGAUUACAAAAUGGAAAGAAGGGAGCUUUGAAAUUGUGGAGAAGGACAACAAAGUGAGUCUGGUGGUUCACUACAGUGUUGGAGGGAGUCCAAAGACGUUUCAGCUAAGCCAUAACAUUAAAACUGUGACACUACGCCCAAAUGGUAGAAAGCUGUGCUGCCUAAUGCUAACACUAAAGGAUACCAGCUUCUUGACAAUUGAUAAGGUACCAUUUAAAGAUGCAAAUGAAAUGCGGAUGUAUUUGGAUGCAGUCCAUCAAGACAGGUUUCAUACUGUUGGAAAACCCUCUCAGGGAUCUGGCAGCUUUGGAGGUGUGCUGGGCAGCAGGACCACACAGAAGGAAGUUAAUAGGCAAUUCUCUUACAUAGAGAACCAGACUCCUCCCAAAAGAGUGGCUGUGGAAAGUAAGGAGGAAAACGCGUUGCGCAAGGUGCUGGGUACCCCACCGAGAGCGUCCGUUAAGAAUCCCUCUGGAACCGGAACACCUAGCAACAGGGUGAACAUCUCAGCAUCUCCUGCGUCCACAGUCCCCCACAGAACGGGCUUGUUGGAGAAUCGUGAAAAGAGGAAAAGAACACAACCUCCUGGUUCAGAAAUGAGUGAAGAUUAUCCCAAAGAGAAUGAUUCUUCAACGAAUAAUAAAGCCUUGAGUGAUCCAGCAUGGAAGUACUUGAACAGUAGCAGAGAGAAACAGUUAAAUCUGAAGCAGGCAGAGGAAAAUAGGACAUCAGGUCUUUUACCGCUGCAGUCAUCAUCCUUUUAUAGUAGUCGGUCUUCAUCAAAAGAGUACUCCAGUGGCAGUUCCACCCUGGACAGGUCUAGUGUAUCCGGCCAGACCCCUUCAGCCAAAAGAAGCCUAGGAUUUCUCUCUCAGCCUGCCCCUCUUUCUGUUAAAAAAAUGAGAUCUAAUCAAGAUUACACAGGGUGGAACAAACCCCGAGUGCCCCUUUCCACCCAUCCUCAACAGCAAUUACAAGGCUUCUCAAACUUGGGAAACACCUGCUAUAUGAAUGCCAUUCUACAGUCCUUGUUUUCAAUUCAGUCUUUUGCUAAUGAUUUGCUCAAGCAGGGUAUCCCAUGGAAAAAAAUUCCGCUGAAUGCUCUUAUCAGACGUUUUGCCCAUCUGCUUGCUAAGAAGGAUGUCUGCAGCCCUGAGGUUAAGAAGGAGCUGCUCAAGAAGGUGAAAAGUGCCAUUUCAGCUACUGCAGAGAGAUUUUCUGGGUACAUGCAAAAUGAUGCACAUGAGUUCUUGAGCCAGUGCCUGGAUCAGCUGAAGGAAGACAUGGAAAAGUUAAACAAAACUUGGAAGAGCGAGCCAGUCCCUAAUGAGGAGAACUCACCAGGACGGGCUUCUGAUGACCUCUCAGCCACCAAAGUUUAUACAUGUCCAGUUAUCAGUAACUUAGAGUUUGAGGUUCAACAUUCUAUCAUUUGCAAAAUGUGUGGUGAAACAGUCACUAAACGUGAACAGUUUAAUGACCUCUCCAUUGACCUUCCUCGAAGAAAGAAAUUGCUUCCUUCCCGGUCAAUCCAGGACUCCCUUGACCUCUUUUUUCGGGCAGAGGAGAUUGAGUAUUCCUGUGAGAAGUGCAAUGGAAAGUCUGCUGUUGUCACACACAAGUUCAACAGGCUUCCCAGAGUCCUGAUUCUUCAUCUGAAACGAUACAGCUUCAAUGUAGCAUUGUCCCUCAAUCAUAAAGUCGGGCAGCAGGUGGUUAUUCCAAGAUACUUGACCCUGCUUUCACACUGUACGGAAAACACUAGGCUGCCGCUGACACUGGGAUGGAGUGUUCAUUCUGCAAUAAAAUACACUUUCAAGUCAAAGAGCUCCUCAGCACACUCUGUAGACUCUGACAGCGAUGAUGAGCCAUUGAAACGCUCCGUUGCCCACAGCCAAAGGUUAUGUAACAUACAGAGCAAGGAUCAGCAACAACUACAAGAAGAGCCUGAAAAGGGUUCAAAAAGAAGUAAAAUGGAGGGUGAUAAACCUGAGCUGGGUAAUGCUGGUUUUGAUGGGAUGAGCGAAGAUGAGCUGCUAGCAGCUGUCUUAGAGAUUAGCAAAAGGGAAGCUUCUCUGUCUCUGAGCCAUGAUGAAGAUAAGCCUACAAGCAGCCCAGACACUGGUUUUGGAGACGAUGAAAUUCAGGAGUUGCCGGAAAGCCUGGAAUCUAUGGAGAUGGAGAAACCAAAAGCAACAUUAGACUCAGGUCCUGCCAAUUUCACUGAGAUAACUAAAGAUUUUGAUGAGAAUAAGGAAAACAAAACUCCGGAAGGCUCCCAGGGGGAGGUUGACUGGCUGCAACAGUACGACAUGGAGAGAGAGAGGGAAGAACAAGAGCUUCAGCAGGCACUGGCUCAAAGCCUUCAAGAGCAAGAGGCACGAGAACAAAAAGAGGAUGAUGACCUUAAACGAGCCACGGAAUUAAGUCUACAAGAGUUCAACAGCUCUCUCCUGGACAGUGUUGGUUCUGACGAAGACUCUGGGAAUGAAGAUGUUCUUGACAUGGAAUAUUCAGAAGCUGAAGCAGAAGAGCUGAAAAGAAACGCUGAGACAGGAGAGCUUCCUCACUCGUAUCGUCUCAUAAGCAUUGUCAGCCACAUCGGAAGCACAUCAUCUUCAGGUCAUUACAUCAGUGAUGUCUAUGAUAUCAAGAAGCAGUCCUGGUUCACCUACAAUGACCUGGAAGUGUCUAGAACACUAGAGGCCACCGUUCAGUGUGACAGAGACCGAAGUGGCUACAUCUUCUUCUACAUGCACAAGGAUAUCUUUGAUGAGUUACUAGAAACAGAGAAAAAUGCACAGCCACUUAGCAUGGAAGUAGGAAGAUCAGUUCGUCAGCCUCUGUGAAGAGUAAAACACCUUGUUCCUCCCGAGGAACAAGGAAGGUUUUGAACUUGUGCCAGCCACACAGGAGUUAACAAACAGCUCAGGGCCAAAACAAGAGGCAAAAGGUAGAAAUAUGGGACGCUCGCUUUGCUGAACAUCUGUGCAAGUCCUGGGCCUGAACCACACUUUUAAACCUCGACAUCCCAGAGCAAUCCUCCUGUGGUGAAGUUUUUAUUGUUCCUCAGAUAAUUUUGUCAGCAUGGAGCCUUAAAGAAUUGCAUCAAGCCACAAGACUACAGCUGCUCAUGAACUGGUUUAAAACAAAUAGUGCAAAAAGAGACUCGACUUUAAAAGCCCAUUCACUUGUGAGAAGUGAGUGGUGAAGAUUUACAUAUCACUUGGCUUUUUUGUUUUUAUUGUUGUUUUUUUUUUUAAUCCGAGAGCAAUUUAAGCAAUAGAUUCGGUAACCUGGCGUGUGUUGUGUUAGUAAUAUUCACUGGAAACCCAGAUCACUGGGUACACUCUCGCCACUCGUCUUUGGAAUCACUCAAGCUGAUGGGUUUUGACAUCCGUGGGUUUGGAAGUGCUCCACUGUUUACCUGUGCUUCCAGGAAACAAACUGUCGGUGCUGUGGAAUGUAUUGCAUACCUGGUGGCAGCUCUGUUGGGUUUGGUUUUUUACACCAUUCACUGUCAUCCUUAUUUAGGUGUGAGAUUAUAGAUGUGAUUUCUUUUGUUUUACAAGUUUUACUCUUUGAUUUUCUUCAUGAGGUGGUUGUUUUGUGUUGGAGAGGAGAGGUCUCUUCUUUGGGUGUGCAGUAUUUAGCACUGAAGUGACAUUGUUUGGGGCUGCUCCAGUGUAAUUCUGGGGGUAGGUGAACACCUGGAGCAGACUGAGAACAGCAGCAGGAGGUGAGCAACAGCCACUUUGCAUCUUCUUGGAGUGAAAGAGUGUUCUGUGUUCUAGCCUUACCUUUUCUGCGCAGGCCUGGGGCAUUGUGAAACAGGAGUGAUGGGGAAAGGGUCUGCAGGGUAGCACUUGGCACUUGAAUUGCUCUUGACUGAACCAUGGUCUUGCCUUGGUCUUCUUGUAUCCCAAGAAGAGAAGGUAAGAGGGGUUUUACUGCAGCUAUGCUUCUGUUCUCCUUUCUGAAGAGCACAGAGCGCUCAAACUGUGAAACUAAAGCAGGUGGAAAGCUUUCAGAAAGCCCAUGUUCAGCGUUAACAGAACAUGGUUAGGAAGAAGUGUUGUGUUUUAUUGGAUUUUGAGGCAUGAAGCUCCUUUGACAACUUGUUUCAGCAGGGAAGGGGGGAAGCCAAGUGACUUCAGUUUUUCAGCACCUUGGCACUGAUUUAGCAGGGGCAGUUUCCUUUUGCUGGCAUUUACUCAUUUCAGAGACGUUGCUGUUAAGCAGAGUAGUGUUGCUCUUGGUUUGGCCUCUAGUUCUGAUAUUUUUGCAGCAUGAGUUUUAGAGGUGUAAGACUUCUGUUGGUUUGUUGGGUUGUUUUUUUUUUAAAAAAAAAGAAAGAAACAAAACCAAACACUUUUUUUGCUGUUGAGGUAAUUUCUGGGUUUUUUAAACUAUCCUUAGGAGUUUCUCAGGAAUAAAUCAGCUGAAGCAAAGCAGACAAAAACAUCAAUUUAGGAGACAUCAGGCCCCUUUCAUGGACACUUCCACACUUCCUGGCAGGGGGGUGCUACCUUAGUGGCCUCUUCUCACCCCUGUGCACAGCAGGGACCUACAGCCAUCAGUAGUCCUCCCUAAACCAAGGGCUUCUGGGGACCCCAGUGUGUUAAAAAGACUGUGACUGAGCUUGCGGUCCCCAUUUCAGAUGAGCCCAGGGACCUGGUCAGGGUGACAUCUUUCUGGUGUCCAAGCUAGGAGCCAACAUUUGGUUGUAAACAUGACAGAGCGUUUAUCUUGCAAGAUGCAGCCCGGGUGGGUGUGUAUGUUAAUUUAUUAUAAAGCAUUAUACUUUUCUAUUAUGGAUACUAAUUUGGGUAGAACUGCAGGCUGUGGGAAGAGGCAGAGAUGUGGGAGCUGUCCUUUGAACUGCUCGCCCCUGCGAAUGUGACGGACUGCUCCGGCCAGAGGGCAAACCUGUUUUCCCCAAGCGCAUCCUAUGCUAGUGCUGUAAAUAACCAGUAUUCCUGUAGUGGCAGAAGCCAGCUCUGCUUUCUUUUGGGUGACAAGGUUGUUUUUGCAAGGCGCUGCACUCCCGUUAAUUUAUAAUAAAAGCAAACGUUGCCUGACUUUUCAGUGCAGUAAUUUUUGUUUAAAACCAGGUUUUGGUUGGGUCAGAGUGCGAAAGCUGAUGCUUGAAACCUGUGUUCCUUGUUUUGUGAAAAGUUCUUGCUUAUUAUUCUAGCUAUUAAGAAUUUGCAGGCACCUAGUAACUUAAUUUAAGCUUUUUCAUUUGGCAUGCAGCAGCUCAGUUGCACCUUCACCCUGGCAGGAGGGUCCAUGGAGCCCCCUCCCUUGCAGAAGCCAGCUUUCUCCGUGUCCAAGAGCAGUGGGGAGGCAGGCAGGUGUGUGAUCCUCAAGGGAUGCGCUGCCCAACAGCUGAGAUGUUCCCACCCCUCGUGCUGUUCCAGCAGCAGGUUCAAUAAGAUCAUCAUCGCUCCUAUGUGGGAUGCCCAUCCUGGGGUUUAGGUAGGUGGAGAAGUUCAGUUGCAGUCUGUUAACACUUGUAGGCUCUUCCCCACAUGUACAGGGUUGUGGUUAAACAUUUACCCGCUCCUGAAUCAGCCUAGUUCAGUCCAAGUGUGAUUCAGCAUAUGAAUGCAAGGAACUCCCGUCUCGCCAUUUUUCUUGCCCCUUCGUUGUUUGCCUCUGGUAAUUUGUUCUUGAUUUACUCCCCUACUCCAUUCUUGUCAAUGAACUGGAGCUCAUGGCGGGGGAUCCCAGCAGAGCCCUGGCCAGCAGGGCUGCACAAAGAGCCUUUGCAAAGCAAGGACUGGCUUCCCAGCCGGGGCAGCAGCCUGACACCAAUGCAAGGAGCCAGGAGGAGGAGCGGGCCUCUCCAAUGCUGGGGCCAUAGCAUUGCCUCCUUCUCGCUGCAGCACAGAUAACCAUCACCUGUGCAUCUUCCUUCCUGUCCUGCAUCCCAAGGAAGGGCUGAGCCAGCCCAGCGGUUUCUGCUGCAGUCACUCCACAUGUGGGGAUCACUGUGCCCCAGGGAGGGUGGGCAGGGCUGGGCAUAACUCAUCUGCUUUGUUUUCUUUUUAAUGGAGCUAUUAUCCCUGUAAGCACCUGCCAAAGAGAGAAAAAUGGGGUGCAGGACCCCUGGCAGCUGACUCCAGCCUUGCCUGCCCUGAGGUGGCUGCUGCUGGUUCCUGCCUGCAUCCCAACUUUCUGGUUCUUUACACUGUUGAUGUGGAGCAGCACUUUUCUCUGUGUUUUAGCAGACCUGUUCCUCUCUAUUCUUUACAGUUUUUGCUCUUGGGUCCCCUCCCCCCCCCCUUUUUAAAUGAUGUGUAGAUAGAUUUUUGUGAAAUAAACACAUCUUUAUUAACCCU